AUGGAUAUGGAGGAGGAGAUAAUUUAUGCAGACGAAGAAGAAAUUUCAUAUAUUGAAUCUAUUACAGGCUAUCUAUGGAGUUUUUUAGAAUUUAUUCAAAAUAAUGGAUGGUACUUCCUGGCUUUUGUAAUAUUGUUGGCAUAUUUAGUCCCCAAAUUAUGGCCACAUUAUUUAAAAUGGUCAGAACAAAGAGCAGUAGCUGCAUAUGAUGCAGACAUUAAAAAAAAUCCAGAUUUAUUUAAACAAAAACAAGAGGAAUUACAAAGAGCUCGAGUAAAAUUCCAAGAAGAAUAUGAGAAAAAGGCUAAAAUAGCACUUGAAAAACAAAAAGAAAAAGAGAAGAAAUUAUUAGAAGAAAAACGAGCACAAUUAAAUAAUGGAAUGGCAGCAGGACAGUCUAUGAACAGCUCUGAGAAGUCAAAAAAUUCAAAACCCGAUUACAAACCUUUAAUGGGAUCUGGCAGUGGUUCAAAUUAUAGACCUCCAAGAAGAAGUGCAUGUUCUGGAGGUGGGUGUGGAUAA